AUGUCUAAGAUCUGGAGCGUAGCAGUAGCCACCGCUAUUACAACCGCCUUAAUAGUUGAGGGUAUCCAUUAUUACUUGGAUACAAGCAGGAAACAAUUGGUCACAUCUGAAAAUAAUCAGAAACCUGUGGAAGAUUAUCCAGAAGAUUUAAUAAAAGAACAAUUGGCUCGUAAUAUUGCAUUUUUAGGAGAGGAAGGAAUGGAUAAAGUAAGAAAUCAAAAUAUAGUUGUUGUAGGUGCUGGAGGUGUUGGUUCUUGGGUAGCUACAGUGUUGGUUCGUUCAGGAGUUGGUAAGAUAAGAGUUAUUGAUUUUGAUCAAGUUACCUUAAGUUCAUUGAAUAGACAUGCAGUUGCAAACUUAAAGGAUGUUGGGAUCUCAAAGGUUCAAUGUUUAAAGAAUCAUUUAGUUAAAGUUGCACCAUGGGUGAAAAUUGAAGUAAGAAACGAAUUAUGGAAUUUAAAGUCAGCUGACGAUUUGAUCUUUGGAGAUGAUUUCAAUCCUACUUAUAUCGUCGACUGUAUUGAUAAUAUCGAUACCAAAGUUGAUUUAUUAGCUUAUUGUUAUGAGAAGAAAUUAUUGGUCGUAUCAUCAGGAGGUGCAGCUUGUAAAUCUGAUCCAUCACGUAUCAAUAUUGGUGAUAUAAGUAAAACUGAAGAAGAUCCAUUAACAAGAUCUGUGAGAAUCAGAUUAAAGAAAAAAGGAAUUGUCACCAACAUUCCAACUAUUUUUUCUGCUGAAAAACCUGAUCCAAGAAAAGCUCAAUUAUUACCUUUAUCUCCAGAAGAAAUUGCCAAGGGUAAAGUCGAUGAGUUAGCUGCAUUGCAAAGAUUCAGAGUCAGAAUAUUACCUGUAUUGGGUACUAUGCCGGGUAUGUAUGGUUUGAGUAUUGCCACUUAUGUGAUCACAUCGGUUGCUGGAUAUCCAAUAGAACCCGUCGAAGGUAAAAAUAGAAUCAAAGUCUAUGAUGGUAUCUUCCAAAGUCUUGCCGGCCAACAAACAAGAAUUGGAAAAGUUGAUCAAAGAGUUAAAAUAGCAUUAAGUGAAGUUCCAUAUAUCUUAGAAGAAAUUUUCCAUGGAAAAUCACCCAUUUCCAACUAUUCAACUAAAUUGACAUUAUCCAGAUGGGAUCCUUCUAAAGAAAUCAGUUGUCAAAACUUAGUGAUUAUGACAAAAGAAGAACAAUCAAUACAUGAAAAGAGAGUUUUGAUUGGUGGUGAAAAGUUAGAGGAUGUUUAUUCUCAAGAAGUUCUUGAUUUGGUUGCAAAAAGAUUCGAAGACGAAAGAUAUUGGUCUCAAUUUCGUUAA